AUGAUCAACUCUGUAUGUCUGCCGGGGCCGCUGAGUAAACCGCGGGCCGCGGACCACGGAGACCCAGACGGAACGGAACCGCAGGCGUGCCGAGGAGGACCCCUCGGUCCCAAGUACCAGAGUGAUGUUCUGGGCUACAGACAAUCAUCAUACAUUCCUGGUAUCUGUUCGAUUCUAGAACGUGGCUCUGCUGCAGAGAACCAAUAUUUCGGCCGAGAUCCCGGAUCUAUUGGACUCAGCCAUGAUGAUGAUUACUUGCAUACCUUCACAUCAGCCUUGCAUGAUGCAUAUGACAAGAAGAAGAAGAAGAAGAAGAAGAAGAAGAAGAAGAAGAAGAAGAAGAAGAAGAAGAAGAAGAAGAAGAAGAAGAAGAAGAAGAAGAAGAAGAAGAAGAAGAAGAAGAAGAAGAAGAAGAAGAAGAAGGGCACCCUCGGUACUCUAAAGGAUGCCCGCCGAAAUGCAAUCAGUUGGAUCAUCAACAUGAAAGAUCAGAUGGCAUUGCGGUGUCGUGUCAUUGUGGAUGGCGGCGAGAUCUGCGGUCCCCAGCGGCCGGUGCUGAAUAUGGGUUGGUGA